UGGGAGGAAGAUGAAAACAUCAGUGACCAUAGCGAUAGUUCAAGCAGUGAAGAAGACGAACCCGUUCUACCCAUUUUCAACAUACGUGCUACACCAAAACGACGACCACCCCCACCAGUCAAGAAAGGCAAUCUGUCAAAGCGAAUGAGAAAAGUGGUGGAGAUUCCAAAGGACGAAGAUGGCAAACCAAUUCUUCCAAUUCAAAUCGGCUCGUUUCAACUCAUUAGUAUCGGUAAAGUGGAGUUACGCGAUGGCUAUUAUAAUGAACGUUAUAUAUGGCCAGUGGGCUAUUGUAUUAAAAGGAACUACAUGAGUAUGAAAAACAAGCAUGAAAACACCGACUAUACCUGUACUAUAGAAGAGGAUGGAGAGGCCCCCAAGUUUCGAAUUGUGGCUGAGGAUGAUACAGAUCAUCCUAUAGAAGCUUCCACGGCUACGGGAGCGUGGGGAAAUGUCGUAAGGCAAGCUAAUCGAAUAAGAGGAAGGGGCCAUCUAAGCUGUUCGGUGUCUGGGCCAGAGUACUUUGGAUAUGCUCACCCAGCCAUAGCUGAUUUAAUCAACGAGGCCAGGACCGAUAGAGAGUAACAAUGGAGUUUUCAAGAAGAUUCCCAAAUCGGGAAUAACCCAGAUAUGUCCUGUGAAGUCAUCCCGCACUCCUCUUUCGUCCCCCCCCCAAACUCUUUUUUUCCCACUUGAAACUCCGGAUCAUAAAUAUCCACAGACC